UCUCAACCAAUCCUCUACACCAAGCCUCUCCUUCAGUGUUCUCUACAGUGAUGAGAAUAGCAUUACAUCUGACCUCGCACCUUGUAUGGUAAUCUUCCUCGGGCAAUCAGACGGCAAAGCAAGUAUCAAGAAUGUCUUCAACUGCUGGUGAUCCUCUUGCAGAAUUGCCUACGCCAGAGAUGAUCACUUUACUCUUCAAAUGUCACAAAUCUACCACAGUCCUAUCGAUCCUACCAGACACGCCAUUCAGUGAAAUAAAGACUCUCUUGCUCUCGGCACUUCGAUCACGGAAUGUAACAACCCUCCCGAACACAGACACUCCUCUUCCUCAAGAUCCUGAGCAGCUCGAGCUUGGGGUUCUUGCAGACAAGAAAGAUGCAAGCAAAGGCUGGGUACCCUUGAUGAUCAAGGAACAAGAGUUUAAGGGUGCGAAGGGUUCGAAGAAGAAAAUUGGAGGCGAGGCAAGUGUAUUAAAUGAGAGUCCUUCGGGCGCAGGUCUGAAUGAUGGCACAUGGAUUGCAUACCGUUUCAAUGCAAAGCAGAAAAUGUCAGAAGAUGUGGAUAUGGUCGAAGCAGAUGGCAACUCAGACAUGGAUUUCGCUGAAGAUCCUGACUGGGAUGUGAUCAUUCCAAGCUUCGAUGACGAGGACGACAACGACGACGAGGUGGUCGAAUGAAUGCCAACCGCAACCACGCAUUCUUCGAGACUCAUACUGUUGGCACAACCAAAAUGCCCCAUGAGGAGGAAUUGAUCUGAAUGCAGCUUUUGUGGUAUUCAUGGGUUACCUUGAAUCCUACUCGGCCCGUCUGAGUACCAAUCUCAAUUUCGUCGAGCGAUCAUCAGGUAUCUGUUGCUAGACACGGAUUAUGGUGUGUGCUGAGGCUCAUUGAAGACAUGUUCCAAGGCUCCGAGACCAGAUCGAAAGCUGUAGAAAUUAGCACGGACUCCGCGGUGGACUAAGGCAUGCCGAUAUUUGAAGUCAGGCUAGUCAGCCUGAUCAGGGACACCAAGAAAGCCCUCAAUUGAUACGGAGUAAACCAGGCCUGUAUGUUGUGCUAAAUAUAUCGAACGGGCGAUCCCCACGUUUCAGGUGGGCUCACAAGCAGGCUGAGUGGUUUGACACUUGAUUUGAGGCAUUCUUGAACAGGCGAUCAGGCCAACAGCAAUCAUAAACACUCUG